AUGAAUGGGCCAUUUUCUGUGAGGCGGGAGCGCGUGCCUGACCCUUCACGCUUGCAUCAGUAUAAUGAGUGGCUGGCUUGCAGACAUGAAACCAGUCUGCUUCCGAUGAAGGAAGAUCUUGCUCUCUGGCUCAAUAACAUCCUGGGAGUGACCAUAACUGCGGAGAACUUCAUGGAGCAACUAGAGACUGGAGUCGUGCUCUGCCAGCUGGCUGAGGAGUUGCAGGAGAGGAUGAUUCUGGCCAGCAAUGACGAGCCCUUUGUCCGGCGUGUAAUUCACUAUAGAGCCAACGCCGCCCCUGGUUCUUUUUUUGCUCGGGAUAACGCAGCCAACUUCCUGUACUGGUGCCGUAAAAUCGGGGUGGGCCAGUCACAUCUAUUUGAGUCAGAUGAUCUGGUUCUUCGCAGACAUCCUAAAGAGGUGUGCCUGUGCCUCAUGCAGCUUGGGAGAAUUGCAUCCAAGUAUGGAGUAGAUCCACCAGGACUGGUUAAACUGGAGAGGGAGAUUGAGAAAGAAGAAAAUGAUUCAUUAUCACCAUCCUCAUCAUCACCCCCUGAUUCAUCACCACCUCAGUCUCCCUUCACAUCAUCACCUCCUCUAGAUCCAAGCCCAUUCUCUCUUCCAAGCUCAACUGCUCUUUCAGAUGAUAGUGCCUUUUCUUUAUCCCCCACGUCUACCCCAGUCCCUGAACAUGAGCCUGAACCGGAACCUGAGGCUGAUCCCGAACCUGAGCCAGAGUCUGAACCUGAACCGGAACCUGAGCCCGAGCCUGAACUUGAGCCUGAACCUGAGCCCGAGCCUGAGCUCAAGCCCAAGCCAGAACCUGCACCUGAGCCUGAACCAGCAUUACAUAGUUCAACAUCACCUGUUAAAUCUCCGACAGCCAGUUUACGCCUUAUGAGUAAAUCUAAUGGGAAAAAGAGCCAAGACAGCCUACUGGAUUACCUAGUGAAACAGACCUCAGAAGACCCACCGUGCAGAUGUGCAGUAAAGUUCUGCAUCGAGAAACAGCCCAAAGGCCGCUACCGUAUGGGGGACAAAGUGCUUUAUGUCAGGAUGCUGAAUGAUAAGCAUGUCAUGGUGCGAAUCGGCGGAGGCUGGGAAACACUCGCGACCUACCUGCUGAAGCACGACCCAUGCAGAGCGCCUCUGCUUAAACCCUGCAAGUCCAACAGCAGGUCACCCAUCACCAAACAGACCUCAGGAGACAGUUACAUGACUGUAGGAACUUCAUCGCGUCUCAAAAAGCAAAUCUCACACCCUUGA